AUGAAUGCCGCAAACAGUGGGGUCGUAACGCCGGAGGAAUAUCACACGGCCGAGUCGGACCCCCAGGAAGGGACCAUGAUGACCAUGAACAUGUCGACCAUGUACGCCACGGAACAGAGGACUCGCAUGUUGCACGACCGCAGUGACAGUGACGCGGCCAAGGGUCUACAACCAGGGGCCAUCGUGACAGCGACGGUGGUCAGGACUGCACUUGUUGGCGUCUCGCUCUACCAGUCCAAGGUGCUCAGGCAGUGCGCGUCCUUCUUAGCCCUGUUCCUCCUCGUUCUCCUCCUGUGGCUGCUCAUCUACGUGGCGACCUCGAAGUCGGGAAAGAAGACGUCUAUCCCCGCGACUACCGAGACGUCGAUCACCGACUUCGACACCACCAAAACCACGAACAAGGGCACGCCAGCCAACGAGACCGUGCUGCUGGAUGGCUUCGAGGCACUGUCUCUGUUAAGCGAGAUGACGGUGCCCAACCACGUGCUGGAUAUAGACUCGUUCCCCGAAUGA